AUGUUAUGCAAUAUAUGCUGUUUGGGAUAUCUUUUUGCGGAUCAAUUUAGUGAAAGGGAAGUCCCAAUUCACUACAGACUGUCGAAGACUACUAAGAUCACCACAGCUCAGAAAGUAUUCAUGGUUUUCUUUUUUGCAACCACAGAAGUCUUCUACAUAGCUCUAAGCUUCAUUGCCUUGGAUCCGUUGGCCGAUGAGUAUGUGUCUUCGGGGUUUUUCUAUACAACUCGAUUCAUCUGCCCUGCAAUCAAUAUCCUCGCAAUUCCAAUUGUCUACGUGGCUUUCUUGGCUUAUAACUCUGAAGAGUUUGCAUUCAGUGGACUGGAGCCGACAAGUGGAAGAUUUUGGCAUGGAGUGUACAAGCGGAUUGAGAAGUCUGGCGAAUGGGAGUAUAUGGAGACACGAGAACCCGAUUCGUUACCUUCUUAG